AAAAUCUCCCGCGCGCUCGCUCGCUCGCGUGGAGGAGAAGUGGGCGAGGGCGCGAGCACCGGCGGAGGCGUCUGCGCGGGGCCGCUGCCCAGGAGCCAGGGGCCGGCGUCCGCCCGGGAGCCCAGCCCGCGCGCCCCCGCCCACCCCAACUCGGCGCACCCGGAAGGCGGGAAAGCAGCGCAGGCCGCGCCCACCGCCCUGCCCCCAGCCCGCCACUCCCCGGCUCCGCGGGUCUCAGCGCGUCCUCCUGGGAUCGGCUCGGAGGGGAGCGGCUGUGCAGGCACACUGAAGCUCAAGGACCGUUUCUGGGCGCCCUCUCCCAGCCCUGACAUGAUGGAGGUGGUGCUGAUCUUCCUCUGCAGCCUGCUGGUCCCUGCAGUCCUGGCCAGUGCAACUGAGCAGGAGAAAGAAACGGACCCUUUUCAUUAUGACUACCAGACCCUGAGGAUUGGUGGACUGGUGUUCGCUGUGGUCCUCUUCUCUGUUGGGAUCCUCCUUAUUCUGAGUCGCAGGUGCAAGUGCAGUUUCAAUCAGAAGCCCCGGGCUCCAGGGGACGAGGAAGCCCAAGGGGAGAACCUCAUCACUGCAAAUGCAGCGGAGCCCCAGAAAGCAGAGAACUGAAGUGCAGCCUCCAGAGAAGCCUCAAGCGCCUGAGGGCAACUUCUGCAACCUUUAGACGCAGAUAUCGCUAAGAAAACUGGCCACUUCAGCCACAGAUCUUUCCCCAGGAGAAGCCAACGACUCAUGUGUCCCCUGCGCCCUUCCCCGUCCCCGCCAACCCCAGUUCUCCGCUCCUCGAUGCAACUCACGCCGGCCUUCCCUGCCCGCAGCCUGCAGUCUCGUCACCGCCUGUGCUGUGUCUGUACGUGCGUGUGUGUAUGUGUGCGUGUGUAUAUGAUGACUGUGAUCUUUGUGGCUACUUGUUUGUGGACAGCAUUGCAUUUGUGAGCUGUGGAUUCACUUUCCUGGGCAGGAGCUGUGCCCAGUUGCCUUCGGCUCCUCCCCGCCUCCCUGGGGGCCUCCAUCGCGUCCCGCUUCCCGGAGUCUGCUCUGAGAGACCUGCCCCUGUCUUGAUUUCCGGAUGAGGGUAGGGUAGGAAUCCCCACCUCUCUUGGGACUGGGGAGGUUUGCAUCCGCAUCCUCAUGGCCUUUCACGGACCCUCUGUAGUCUUCUCACAAGAGCCCCGCUUUUGUCUUCCAUCCUGACCCAAUCUGUUCGGAAGGCUCAGCAACUGGAGGCGCAGAGAAGGCGCUGGGGAGCCCAGUGUUGCUGUCAAGCAGGCUCUGCCUGGCCACAUUUCUUUUUCUUCUUGGGGCUUCCAUGGAAUCUCUACCUGCCCUGCCCCUUUGCAGAGCACCCAGGAAGUCCAGGCCCAGGGCUUUUACUCUGCCCCAUGGGAAUGUGCCCCUUGCAUAUCUUCUCAGCAAUAACCCCAUGGGCUCUGGAACGCUCCUGCCCUCCCCCACCUUCCCUGCUUCCAAGAUGUCCAUCUGUAGCUUUGCUCACCCAGACUCAGUCUCCCAUCUCUGAAGUUGAGUCCCUGGAAGUGGAUGGCUGAGGGGUUCCCAUUCUAUUGCGGUCAGCACGCAGGGAUGGGCAGCCAGGAGAGCAGGAGGAACUCUGCUUCUCCGCCUGUGUCCCGCUGGCCAGGCAGUGGCAACAGCUCUUGCCCGCUUCCUGCCCGUCUCAGUCAGUGGUCAGAGUGGUGAGUUAUGUGUGAGCAGUGGUUGUGCGGCCGAUCAGAGGCCAGCAGGGUUUCGUGUGGCCCUGCUGCAGAUCAACAGCAAGGAGUUGAAGGUCAUGAGAGAGGGGGAAGUCCAGCCAGAUCCCGCUCCACCUGUCCAUUGUGUUCCCAUGGAAACUAACCAAACCUUGCCGUGUGACCAGGACUGCUGCUGCCUGUCUUGUGAUCUAUCCUCUCUCCAACAACAGAAAAGAAAUAAAACAUCAUUGUUUCCUAGUG